AUGUCGCAGGCAGACGCCGCCCCGGCGUGUCGGAACUGUGUCAUCCACCCUCCGGACAAUAUCAACCAACAUACGUGGCUGGUCAACGAGACCCUCAAAGCUUGGAAGGAUGCUGGCCCAAAACAGAGCUUCAAACAGAUGGCGACCGACGUUGCGACUGCGUUUGAGGCGCAGUUCGACAUCAAUGUACGUGGCCUCGUCCUCAAGAAGGGAAGGUUGCGUUUGGAGAACGAUGAGGAGUACACGAAACGAGCUACCGGACGACUCAAGAGCAUUAAGAAGUGGAUAGAGAAUAACAAGCCUUGGUUCGACAAGCGGAAGUCCGGACCUCUCGACCUCCUCCCUAUCCCUCUUCCUCAGCCUGUCAAGCCUCAGGCAGCGCGGCAAAACGCGAAGAGUGCUCGCGGCCUCUUCAUUCACGACUACCCCCACUUCGGGACCCAAGCCAAAGCCGAGGCCAGGCAGGCGGGCCUGUCUUUCGGCGAGCAGACCACGACAUCUAACCUCGCCAUCACGCGUGCAAUUGAGCGCAUGAAGGCAGAGGAACCGGAUAAAUGGGCACACUACGAGGUACUCGCUGCUCAAUCGAAGGCAGAGGCUGAUGCAGCCAAUGCAGCAAUGGAUGCUGCAGCGCAGCUGGAGUCGGACGCGGACGACAGCGAUGAUGACGAUCUGAGCAAGGUCGAGACCCUGGACCAACGUCAAGCGCGUCUGCGAUAUACCGCGCGAGUGGCCGUAGACAAAUGGUCUGAGGAGACGGAGACAGAGAUCUUCAUGUAUAUCGGAUGGAUGGAUUCCGGUGGACGACCACGCAGAACUUUGGUGAGCGCGGGAAUUGCAGGCACAGAUCGGCUAGUCAACCAUCUGAAGAGCGUGGAGAAUGGGGUGCACGUCAACGCACUCGAUGAAUACGUCCUGGAGACCCGACGACCGACAAUGGACCCAGCGACUACAGACCUCGCCACCGCGCAACCCGCUGCUUCAGGGAGCACAGUCCCCCCAUUGAUCGAGCCUUCCGAGGCCCCGGCUGACGAUGUCCCACAUUCGCAAGCACUUGCGAGUGUACAGGAUCACGCGUCCGGCGUCGAAGCCGUCCCAGCCAUUGCCGCCCCCGAGGCGAAUAUCUCAGAGGCGUCUGAGCUUGACGCUGUCCCAGCUAGCGUCGCUCCCGAAGUGGCGAAUUCGACUGCAAGUACCCCCGCUGACGCCUCCGAGCUUGACGCUGUGCCGGCUAUCGCCGCUGCCGAUGUGGCGCACUCGAACGACGUGAAUCAUGUCGGCGCUGAGCGUGAUGUACAGGCACCUGCCCGCCUGCCCGAUGAAGUGGCCAACGUGCAGCCCGCCUCCGUUGCGCCUGCGACUGAACCCGACCCGUCGAACGAGGUGCAUCGUAUUUCCGCCGAGCUUGCGCAGGAGGAAUCAAUUCCCGACGCUAUACGCGAGCCCUCGCACCCAGAUGGCGUACGCCAGGGCGGUCACGAGGCGAAUGCAGAGGAUCGUACUCGCCAGUCGACUCUCAACAUGGACGAUCCCUCCAUCGCUCCGCAGUCGCCGCAGCACUCCAGUCUCGUCAACGCGCAGGGCCACAUGCCGGAAACCGCGGUCGAGACGAGCCGGAGUGAACGCAACGCUGCGGAUGCAGCGACCAAUGGCGAGGGCGCUGAAGAGAGCUCAGGCGUCAAUGAAGGCAGCCGUGAACCCGCUCAGGAUACACAAGCUGGUGCUGGUGACGCACACGAGGAGCCAGACGUCGGUGACGGAGACGCCUUGAGUAGCAUCAAUGCUCGGAAGAAGACCUCUGGCCGCAAUUCAAGCCGGAAGAAACCCGGCCGGGCCCGCAAGUCUGCGGCGCCAGAAGGAGCGACAACGGCAGGAACCAAGAGGAAGACACGCGAUACAGAGGAACCGCCACUCCCCGAGCCUUCGACGACGGGUUCCAGUCGUUCAAAGCGGGCAAGGACCGUGACGAACUAUGCUGACCUGAAUCGCAAAGCCCCGCCUCUCAUGUCAUCCCCCCUGCGCCGCAAUGAGGGUGCCUCGUCAAGGAUAGGCAGGAUGAACACUUUGUUCUCUCCUGGCACACCAUCCAAGACCAAGGACACGAACGAUCCCGUUCUUGCGCCGUUCAAGGAGUUCGUUCGCCAGCUAUGCCGCGAUGAAGACACACUGGAGUGUGACCAUCAUCCAGCGAAGCAGCUACAAUAUCUCACCGACGAUGAGAACUGUGCGCAGUGUGGUACCCCGAACAGGCCAAAGUUCCGCUACCUCAGUGGCCGUCUUGGCCCCGGCGAGCACAAGCUGAUCAAGCGCAUGCGUGACGUGCUUACCCGCCUGAAAGAGGUGGAUAAAGCUCUUGACAGAGCGCGGAACCGACCUGACCGUAUCGGGGAAGAGAAGCAUGCGGGGAAAGAAAACCUCACUGGCCAGAAAGCGGCACUGGACGGCGAACGGACACAGCUGGAGGAGGAAAGCCGGCUAUUCCGUCAGCAACGGGACGGACCCUCGCAGGCGGCAUCACCCACAUACAAUGCGCCACUCCGACAGCUGCCAAACAGUGUCGCCGCCUCAUCCUCCCGGACGCCAAACAACGUCGCCGCCUCAUCCUCUCGGACGCCGAACGGCGCCCUGGGGACAGCAGCGCGUGCAAAGCCAUACGACUCUGACAAGUCCGACGACUCUCAACAGUAUUGGAAUGAGUUGGGCCAUCGGUUGCCCAGCCUUCUGUCCAGUAUUCCACCUGAACGCGAUCCCCCUUCAGGGCACGAACUGCCAUCGUCGUCGCCUGCACCGUCGUCGUCACCGCUCCGACAAUCCUCUCUGGCCCCCCGACGGUUAGCGCAUUAUUCACGCGCUGCACGCGGCAACUUUCCCGUUCGUGGCGCUCGCGGCACACCCAGGGGCCACAGGAACCCCCCCGAGGUUAUCGACCUUACUUUGGAUGGAAAGGACGUCGACGCGCGUGGUACCAAGCGACGCCGGGCGCAGCUAGAUGACUCAGACGUGAUCGACCUGACCGAGGAUGCACCGGAGCAUCCUGGGGCGCCUUCCCAGGUCUCGCAAAGCGCACGGUCUGCUGCUGCGUCGUCGUGGUCGCGGGCGGCCACAGGCGGGCCGUCAGCGUCGAAUGCGAGUCCACGUGUGGACAAGCCCGUUAUUUUGACUGCGAGGGACCACACCGCGCGUGGUAUCAAGCGACGCCGAAUCCACCUAGACGACUCGGACGUGAUCGACCUGACCGAGGAUGCGACGGAGGAUCGUGGCGCGCCUUCCAAGGUCUCGCAAAGCGCGCGAUCUGCUGCUGUGUCGUCGUCCUCGGGUGUGGCUACAGGCGUGCCGUCAGCGUCGAGUGCAAGUUCUCAGGUGGACAAAUCCAUCGGCACGUCGUCGAAGCAUGACGCUUCCGAGGCGCCUGAGUCGUCAGACGUGUCGCGCGAGAACUCUCCCGAAAGCCAAGGCCAGGAGGAAUUCAUCCAUGUAUGGGGAUACACCGAGGUCGUCCAGGACGGGGUGCUACCUUCCGACGAGUACUUCAACAAAUACUCGCGAGACUCGUUCACUUGUAUCUUUACAGAGUGGGGGCUCGAACUCACUGACGCCAUCGCAGUGUGGUUGAGUCCCCGACAGCGGUGGUGGUUCACGCAUGUCGAGAGCCUCGUCAAUGUUCCGUUCUGUCUGCGGGGCGGGGACUACGUCGUGUGGGUCAAGUGGGGAGUGCGGGAUCUACUUGGGGUUGAUACCAUAUCAAACGAGGAUAUCGUAGACGGUCCACUGGAGUGGCCGGAUCUCGAGAGUGUCUGGGAUAAGCGGCACUCUUUGAUCCACAAAUACAACAUUGGCCGUCGUGCUUGGGAAGAAGAACGACGCCGACAAGGUAAAUGA